GUCCCUCGGUCCGUGGGUCGGUCGGUGUCCGCCCGGGCCGCCCCGCCCCGGCGCGCCCGCCGGCGGGUUGCGGGGGGACGCGGCUCUGCCCUACUUUCCGUGGCAGCCGCCCCAGGGAAGCUUCGCCCUGGCCUAGAUCGCCGCCCCCCCCUCAGCCCGCUCGGCAGGGCCGCGGGCGCGGGCAGCGCCCACCCCGCCGGGCACGGGGAGCCCGCCCGGCCCCCUCAGAGAUUUUCUAUUUUGUACAUACAUUGUUUUGUAUAUACUGUAAAUGAUGACUUCGGUGGGAAGUGAACGUACCCGGGGCACUCGGGACAAAGCGCAAAUUUCAACCACACAGCCAACACAACCACAGAAACAAGUAGUACAGGCAACAGCAGAACAGAUUCGCCUCGCUCAGAUGAUCUACGAUAAGAACGAUGCAGAUUUUGAAGAUAAAGUGAAACAACUUAUGGAAGUCACGGGGAAAAACCAGGAUGAGUGCAUAGUGGCACUACAUGAUUGUAAUGGGGAUGUGAACAGAGCAAUCAACAUACUGCUGGAAGGAAGUUCAGACACGACCUCUUGGGAGACUGUAGGGGGAAAGAAGAAAAGCCUUGGAAAGGAAUCUUCAGAAAACAAGGAGAACAGAGAGAAACGAGGGGACAGAGAAGUGAGUCGCGGACGGGGAAGUUCCAACAGACGGGGAAGAGGAGGCAGCCGUGGCCGAGAGUUUAGAGCUGAAGAGAAUGGAGUGGACAACAAUCAAGCAGACAGGCCUUCAGACCGUGGGAAGCGUGGCCGUGGGAGAGGGUUUGGACGUGGCAGAGGGAGAGGAGCGGGGAGGUUUUCAGCCCAAGGCAUGGGGACAUUUAAUCCUGCAGACUAUACGGAAUCUUCUGCCACUGAUGGCUUUGGGACAAAAUCAGAGAUUUGGGAGACUGUUCAGAAUGAUGCAGAUGAUGGAACUGGCAUCUCCUCAGUCUUCAGUAAUGGAAGAAUUCUGCCUAGGAAUAAGAGUACCUUUGUGUGGGUAAACAGAUCCCUGUAAGAGUAUGAGUGUGUC